GGUCUAAAAGAUGGCAACGUAUAUGCAGUUGGUGACAGUUCGGUUGUGGAAAAACAAAAACAGAUGUCAUCUGAUUCUCAUAUGUUGAAGCGCUUUGAUGUCCCUAAUCUUUACCGUAGCCAAGACCAUAAUAAAGUUCAUAUUAGCUUAUUAGAGAAUAACACAGUGGGAGUGGGAGCAGGGAGAGCAGCUAGCCAUUCUUUGAGGAGAGCUGUUGAUAGUGAUAAAGGAAACAGAUCUAAUCUGAACAUGGAACAUAAAUCUUAUUAUCUUAAUGCUAUGGGUGAUCACUACGAGAAUGGCCUCUUUUCAAGUUCAUUAUCGGAUCUUUUCAGUAGAAAAUUGAGAUUAUCAGCAAAUAAUAAUAAUAAUGGUAUGUAUGGUCAUUCUGUUGGAGCUGCUGCCUCCCAGUAUGAAGAAGAGGAACCAUUUGAAUCUCUUGAAGAGAUUGAGGCCCAAACUAUUGGGAAUCUACUCCCAGAUGAUGAUGAUUUGCUCUCUGGGGUGACUGACGGGCUUGACCUUGACUGUAAAGUGCAACAGCAACCAGGCAGUGGUGAUGAUGUGGAAGAAUUGGACUUUUUUAGCAGUGUCGGGGGGAUGGAGCUGGGAGAAGAUGGCGGACAAAGAAAUUAUGAAAUUUCUGGGGAACAACACCACCCCCAUGGAGAAAACCCAUCAAGAACACUUUUUGUGAGAAAUAUCAACAGCAAUGUGGAAGAUUCCGAGUUACGCAUCUUGUUCGAGCAAUAUGGUGAGAUCCGCACUCUGUACACAGCCUGCAAGCAUCGUGGGUUUGUGAUGAUAUCGUACUAUGAUAUAAGAGCAGCCCGACGAGCCAUGCAAGCUCUUCAGAACAAGCCAUUGAGGCGUAGAAAGCUUGACAUUCAUUACUCCAUUCCGAAGGACAACCUCUCGGACAAAGAUGUUAAUCAAGGCACUGUUGUGAUAUAUAACCUGGAUUCUUGUGUUUCUAAUGAUGAACUUGGCCGUAUUUUUGGUGUCUAUGGUGAGGUUAAGGAGAUCCGUGAAAAUCCACAAGGAAGUCGUCACAAGUCCAUAGAGUUUUAUGAUAUUAGAGCUGCAGAAGCUGCUUUAUGUGAAUUAAACAAGAGUGACAUUGGAGGAGGGAAACAGAUGAAGCUUGAACCCAGCUGUCCCGGUGGUUCUAAACGUCCAUUUCCCGAGCUGGAUCUUGAUGAAACUAGUGCGUUGUUGCAAAUGUGUAGCCCUCCUACUGAUUUCACAACAGAAAUAUCUGCAGGAUCAGGUUCACAUGUUCGAGUUAACAUGGACAAUGGAACUCGGUUGGGUGUUCAUUCUGCAACUGCUGCUGCCACUCAACUAUUAGAUGCCGAACUCCAACAUCAACAUCAACAUCAGCAUCAACAUCAACAUCAACGUGGCAUCGAGUAUCAAGAUGGCUUGACCAAUAACUUUCUAUGCAAUUCUCCUAGUACCAUGGCUGGCAGAAUGUCUGAAAGGGUGGCGGGAAACAGGCAGCAGCAGCAGUUUAACAGAAUCGGUGGCGGUGGCUCAAUUGGACGCUCACUUGAACUUAAUGACACUGUGUUUGGCAGCUCUGCUGGGAAUGCUGCCACUCAUCCUUACAUGUGGAAUCCUUCUCCCUCUCCACAUAGCCAUAACAUGAUGUGGCCCAAUUCACCAUCUUUAAUAAACGGGGUCGGAAAUGCUCAUAGUGCUCCACUGGUGCAUGCUCUUCCCAGAGCACCAACUCAUGCCGCCAACACUUUUCUGCAUAUCAACCAGCAGCAGCAGCAUGUGGGAUCCGCACCCUCUGUGAAUCCUUCUAUCUGGGAUAGACGCCACUCUUAUGCAGGGGAAUCCCCUGAGGCAUCAGUUUUCCAUCCAGGUUCUCUUGGGAAUAUGAAUAUGAGGGUUCCAGGUCUGGAUUUUGUGUCUCAUUCGCAUAAUAUGUUUCCUCCUCAUAUGGGUGACCUGCCAAUUCCAUCAAAAACCAUCCAUCAUCAGAAUAAUGUAAUGUUUCCUACUCGAGGACAACUGAUUCCUAUGAUGGGUUCGUUCGAUUCUUCUUCUUCUUCUGGUGACCGGGCUAGAAUCCGUAGAAAUGAAGCCACUUCAAAUCAAGCCGAUACCAAGAAACAAUUUGAACUCGAUCUGGACCGUAUAAUGCGUGGGGAAGACAGAAGGACCACGCUCAUGAUCAAGAACAUCCCUAACAAGUACACUUCUAAAAUGCUGUUGGCUGCAAUUGAUGAACGCCAUCGUGGAACAUACGAUUUUAUCUACUUACCCAUUGAUUUCAAGAACAAAUGCAAUGUGGGUUAUGCGUUCAUCAACAUGACUGAGCCUUCCCUUAUUGUUCCGUUCUAUCAGGCGUUUAAUGGGAAGAAGUGGGAGAAGUUCAACAGUGAAAAGGUGGCAUCCCUUGCAUACGCUCGCAUACAGGGAAAAGCUGCACUGAUUGCCCACUUUCAGAAUUCAAGUUUGAUGAAUGAAGAUAAACGCUGUCGCCCAAUCCUUUUCCACACUGAAGGUCCAAAUGCAGGGGAUCAGGUGCCUUUUCCGAUGGGUGUUAAUGUUCGAUCUCGAGUCAACAAAAGCAGAAACAGCAGCACAAAUGAGGAUGCGGGAAAUGGUGAGGCCUCUUCAAAUGGCGGGGACUCAUCUUCAGGUUCCACAAAGGAUUUUGAGUGCUGAGAAAGCCCAAGGCUGCUGCUCCUUUUUGUCGUGCUUGCUAAAUGCUAACCUUCUUCUACUUCUACUUCUACUUUUACUUCUACUUCUACUUCUUCUAGAUAACAAACAACAAACAAACAAACAAACAAACAAACAAACAACAUUACCAUAAUUAAUUGAAGCCAACCCACCUCAAAUUUUCUAAUGUACAUUGAGCCAUGGGUGGGCCCAGGAGGGAAAGAGCAGCUUAAAACAAAUGACAUUCUUUUUCUGUACUUGUGGUGCUGACUGAGAAGAAGCUUCUAAAUUUUGGGUUGUUACUUGCAAGGAGAAGAGGCUUAUAGAUUUUGAUGAAUUAAGAGGAGGGUACCCUACUGAUUUAUAGCAGUUGAUAGGCAGACCGGGGGAGGGGAUCACAUCAACAAAGCCUCUUAUGGUCUGAUAAAUCGAGUAUCCUGUUUUUUGACCCUAGAGCCCUCCCCUUUGCUUCUAUCAUUUCUGCUUCCUUUUUGUCCAUGUUCAUUUUUGCUUGACAUUUUUUUGCAUUUUGUUUUGGAGAAGCUUGCAUGAAAUCCUUGUUUUUUUAAUGAAGUUUUUGAACAAUUUGUAGUAUAUCAUGCUUGAUUUGUUUGCUUGUUUUGGUUCUUGUUAAAAAUCAGGCAAAAUCGAAUAACCAUAUUAGGUUUUGAUCCCCACAUUUAGCAACAAAAGCUGUGACCGAUAGGUUCUAUUGAUCAAUGAUUAAACUGUUUUUUAAUCUUUUGAGAUCAUGAACACACCUGAGAUAAGACCCAAAUAACAUACUAUUCAGCUCUCAUCAUGCAUAAAAUAAAUACACAUCUUUGCCAAAGAUGAUGAGGUGU